AAACGUCAACACAGUACUGUACAAAACCAGCAUAUCGAUCACGUGGAAUCCCAGAAAUAUACAGAAAGCAAGACGGAAAGAAAGUCGGCAGCGACUUCUAAUGUAACUUCUAUCGACGCGCUGGCAAAACAAAUCAUCGGAGUUAAAAGUUCCAGCUGCGUGUCCACACUUGACACUUUACAAUCUAAGACCACCCACUUCCCAGGGGUUUGGAUCACAACUUUACACAGGGAUAUUAUACGCUGACAUUAUCGAAAGCAUGACCGGGAAAAGAGUCUGUUAUCCGCACACAGGAAUGACUGAAAAUCUUCAGCGGUGACUCACUUAAGAACUAAUGUGACAGCUAGAGACCUGGGAAAAUGUCAAGACGGACUUGGAUACAGGCCACUUUUAACAAGAGAGAAUGUGUCAAAUUUCUGCCAUUCUCACGUGACCAUCACAGAUGUGAUCCAGUCUGUCAAGUGUGCCAAAGCUUAGUGAGAUGUUGUUGUGGGAGGCUUAUCCUGGAGCACGUGGGUCCUUAUUCUGGUCUCCUUGGACCCAGGGCUGGCUCUCCUGACGGGGAGGAUGAGUGGUCAGUGGAGCGACACACCAGCGUCAGCCCUACCGAUGCUUUUGGAUCACUAGACUUCCAGGGCAGCACGAAACGCACAUGUCGUGCUAAGUAUGUGCGUCUUUCCAGUGACACUCCAUCAGAUCACCUGUUCCAGCUGAUGCUGAGAGAAUGGCACCUGGAGAUGCCCAAGCUGGUCAUUUCAGUGCAUGGGGGAACAGAUAACUUCUCCCUGUCACCACGAGUGUGCCAGGCCUUCAGUUCAGGACUCAUCAGAGCUGCAGAGAGCACUGGAGCAUGGAUCCUCACGGAUGGGAUUAAUAUUGGUGUGUCUAGGUAUGUGGGGGAUGCUGUAAAAGAGUAUGGAUCACAUGACCACAGGAAGAGGAAUGUUGUGGGAAUCACGCCCUGGGGUAUCAUUGAGAAUAGCAGUGACCUUAUUGGCAGAGAUAUGGUGAGACACUACCAACCUUUGGGUAGUCCCCUGAGUAAACGGGCCAGUCUGAAUGGCACGCAUUCCCACUUCCUGUUAGUUGAUGAUGGGACUAUGGGUAAAUCUGGAUGUCAGGUAGACCUGAGGAAGAGACUGGAGAGGUACAUUCAUUUUCAGAAGAUCCACCCAAGAUUGCAUCAGCAUGUGCCUUUGGUGUGUGUUGUAGUCGAGGGGGGUCCUGCCGUCCUCUCUGUCGUCCUGGAGUAUGUGCGCAGAAGUUCCCCGGUACCUGUGCUGGUGUUUGAGGGAACAGGCAAAGCAGCAGAUCUGCUGGCUUUAAUACACAAAGAGACCGCUCUUGACAGAAAUCUGGAUUCAGAAGAUUUUGUACUGAGGAUUCAGGAGGUAUUUAGUGUGGAUAGACCAGAGGCGGUUGAAAUUCUCAACACACUUAUGGAAUGUAUGGAACACAGAGAGGCUAUCACAGUUUAUGACUCCGAAUCAGAGGAUCUUCAGGAGCCAGAUGUUGCUAUUCUCACGACAUCACUGAGAGGUACCAGAGCCUCUCCUGAUGACCAGUUGAGUAUCUCAUUGGCCUGGAACAGAGCUGAUAUCGCAAGGGAUUACAUCCUUGUGUAUGGGCAACAAUGGCAGGUAGGAUCCCUUGAGCAGACCAUGUUGGAUGCUCUUGUGAUGGACCGUGUCAGUUUCGCAAAGCUUCUGAUCGAGAACGGCAUGACGAUGAGCCGCUUCUUAACCAUCUCUCGCCUUGAGCAACUCUACGUACAGAAAGGUGGCACAGAUCAUUUUCUACGACAUCUCAUUGAAGAUGCCAGACAGACUCGAUUGCCCGGUGUUUAUAAGAUCUCUUUGAUUGACAUUGGGAUGGUGAUUGAAUACCUAAUCGGUGGAGCUUAUCGAAGCACGUAUACACGAAAGAGCUUCAGAACAAUGUACAGUCGCCUUUACACCCCAGCAAAGGAGGGUUUCAGCCCCUUCAGCAAAGGCAAGAAAGCCUCCGCAACUGCGGAGACCCCCCAACCUCACUCCCAUUUCUACAGAACUGCUCAGCCUUGCAGACAGGAGGGUCCGGUAGUUCCUCAGGACCUGAAGUCAGCCCCGAGCUCCGAGUUUGUAUGCACGUUUAAUGACCUCUUUGUGUGGGCAGUGCUCAAGCAUCGGCAGGAGAUGGCGCUGUUCCUAUGGCAGCAUGGAGAGCAGGCUAUGGCCAGGGCCGUGGUGGCCUGCAAGCUCUACCGGGCCAUGGCAGCACAAGCUAAGGAGAGCAAUAUGGAUGACAGCACGGUUGACCAGCUGAAGAAGAACUCGCUAGAGUUUGGUCAGUUGGCUGUGGAUCUUCUGGACAAAGCCUUCAGAGAAAACGAACGCACUGCGAUGAAGCUGCUGACGUGGGAGAUGAAGGACUGGAGUAACUUCACCUGUUUGCAGAUGGCUGUCUCCUCCCGACUCCGACCCUUCGUGGCUCACAAGUGCACUCAGAUGCUCCUUACAGAUCUGUGGAUGGGCCGGCUCAACAUGAGGAAAAACUCCUGGUUUAAGAUCAUUGCCAGUAUCCUGAUGCCUGUGUCCAUUCAGCUACUAGAGUUUAAGAGUCAGGCAGAGAUGUCCCACGUUCCUCAAACUGCCUUGCAGUUUGGGUGGGAAACAGGGAGCCCAGGAGCGUCAGAACAGGAAGGGACACCAAAUAUAAACCAGGGUGACGAGGAGAAAGGAACCAACUGUCUUCUUCCCUGGACCAGGAAAGUUUAUGACUUCUACACCGCUCCUGUAGUCAAAUUUUGGUUUCACACAAUGGCGUUCCUGGGGUUCCUCAUGCUGUUCUCUUACACCGUCCUGGUGAGGAUGGAGGAUAAGCCCAAUGUCCAGGAAUGUUUGGUCAUAAUGUAUGUACUGAGCACGGCGGCAGAGAAAGCUCGAGAGGUGUGGGUAUUGGAACCCAGGAAGUUCAGUAAGAAACUAAAGGUUUGGUUCAGCGAAUACUGGAACAUCAAUGACUUUAUGGGAAUCCUCCUGUUUCUUGUUGGAGUCUCUCUCCGGUGGCGCGAUGACACACGCUUAGCCAGUCAUAUUGUCUACUCGCUGGAUUUUAUCUUUUGGUCUGUCAGGCUUCUGGACGUGUUUGCUGUCAAUCAGCAUGCAGGACCCUAUCUGACCAUGAUUACAAAAAUGAUGAGCAACAUGUUCUACAUUGUGGUCAUAAUGGCAAUAGUGCUGGUCAGUUUUGGCACAUCCAGGAAGUCAAUACUGUCACCCAAUGAGGAUCCAUCUUGGACUCUCCUCAGAGAUGUGGUCUUCCAGCCCUACUGGAUGAUAUUUGGGGAAGUGUAUGCCGGAGAGAUUGAUGCCUGUGCUAAACCCGAAACCUGUGUCCCUGGAGCUUUCCUGACCCCCUUCCUGCAAGCUGUGUACCUUUUCGUUCAGUACAUCAUCAUGGUCAACGUGCUCAUUGCCUUCUUCAACAAUGUUUACUUCGACAUGAGCGCCAUAUCUUGUAAUCUGUGGAAAUACAACCGCUAUCGUUACAUCAUGACCUAUCAGGAUAAGCCGUGGCUGCCUCCCCCUCUCCUCUCGCUUAAUCACGUGACCCUGUGUCUCAGCUCAGUGUGGCAGAAGCGCAGCAGGGCAUCCAAACAGAAGAGAUCUGGUCUCAAAUUACUCUUGGCCCCUGAUGAUCUGAAGAAACUCCAUGAGUUUGAGGAGAAGUGCGUCGCUGCCUAUUUUAGAGACAAAGUAGAGAAUCAACAUAGCAGCGAAAUUAACAAGAUUCGCUCGGCGGCUGACAAGGCUGAAGAGAUGGCGGGAAUACUGGUUGAGGUUACUGAGAAGGUUUGUGUUAUCCAGGACAACCUGCGCACUUUAGACAAUCACUUGGGGCAAUUACAGGAUUUGUCCGCCCUAGCCUUGGACACUCUUAACCUCCUCUCCGCCUCAGACAAUCAGCAACAAGAGGUGGCCCGUUUGGGUCAAAGCCAGCCGCUGACUUGCUGGGACGAGAAAGUGUCCCAUAGCUGCUGCCUCCGGAUCGGCGGAAGCCUUGCGCCUAGCCAAGCCCUCGCGUCUCCAAAACAUUACAGAAGCACUCCCCCUUCCCUGCUCCGAUGCCUGGGGCCCGGCUGGCAGCGUUCUUCUAUCGAGUUGCCACAAGUGUGCGGUGUUGGCCACUUUGAGGUCCGAAGUAAGGACAGGCCGGCAAAUCCAGAGGACGAAGGCGGUUUUAGGUGGCCUUUUCAACGAAGUGAUUCAAGAGAAGGUGCAUUGACGGACUGUCGCCUCACACAUGAUUCUCUACCUCCCCUAUGUGCUGGGUGGAGGGACAAAGGCGUGUAUGGAUCUGGGGAACCAUCACGUGCCAGUUCCCCAACCAUGCCUUUGAUGAGAGACAUCCUCAUCCAUGAACUUCCACCCAGUCAUGAGGAGUCCAUGGAGGAGGAUGAUUACGAGGAUGACAUGCACACAAUAUCCAGAGCCUCCAGCCUUUCGUUCCUGCUCCCGGACCCCCAAAAUAAUGGAGAACAAUCAGUGGGCAUCAGAAACCCUGCUUUUUAUAGGACUGAUGGUGGAUGGCUGAGACAAGCUCCAGGACGUUUAGGUAUUAAAUGGGACUUUGAUCUAGAGCAGAGUCGCUCGCUCUCCGCCAGCGUGGAGGCUUUGGCCAUGCCUGACACAGAAACACCAGAGCAGAUACUUACACCUCACCACCAGAGAGGAAUAUCCAAGAUCUUCAGGAGGUCAUUUGGAAAAAGGUCCAUCAGGAGCAGAACAGGAACUUCUGAGGAUGUGAAACUGGAUGAAUCGCGGGGCUCCAUUCACGAGUUUGUCCCACGAAGACGAAAGAAGAGGAAAGUGAAGGGCCUGUUUGACCAUAGAUUCAGAACCUCUGUUAGUCUCACCCAGCUGAAUGUCGACCAAGUGGAUUUCACAAAACUGGCCCCAUCAUGGCUGAACACUAAGAACCCCGGGAAGCCGCUGCUCAGCAGCUGGGCCAAAUCCAUCAGUCAAAGACCCUCGAUGAGCAGCGUAGCACCAGAAGUUAGGAGCUCUACAUUCAAGUUGACUGAAGAUUUAGGCCAACACUACUCCGCAAUGGAAAGGAACAACUUAAUGAGACUGGCUCACUCCAUACCAUUCACCCCUGUGUCUUUACUAGGUGGUGAUGAGGUCUGCAUUUAUACGCUGGAGGAGACAGACGCAGGUUCAUCGCACUCCGUCUCCACCUGGCUUCAGCACGGCCGUACGGCUGUCCUGCAACCAUUAGCUCAUCAGGAGGUUCUGGUUGGAGGUCUAUGCAGGGCCACCAAGGUGGUGUGUACCUGGGCUGAGGGCAAUGUGUUGAAACUGGGCUCGGUGUAUGUGGUGAAGGCCUUUAGGCCAGAGGUGGUCCGCAUCUGGCAGAAAGCAUUUCCAAACAGUACCUCGCUGCAUCUCUGUCUAAGGGAGAUCCAACAACAAAGAGCAGCGCAGAAACUCAUGCAGAGAUUUAACCAAAUGAAACCCAGCUCUGUGCCACACAGUCCAAGGUUUCUGGAUGUCUCCCUGCUGUAUUGGCGCUCGGAUGGCCAGUGGUUGACUAUUGAGAAGAACAUGAGUGGUCAUUUUAGGAAAUGCAACAACAACACUGGGGAGGAGAUCUCUCCUUCAUCUAGUCUGGAGGAGACCAUGCUAGCUUUCUCUCACUGGACGUACGAUUACACCAAUAAAGAACUGUUAGUGUUGGAUCUUCAAGGUGUGGGAGAAGACCUCACGGAUCCCUCAUUGAUCAGAGUUAAUGAUAAAAGCUUGUCUGGUGAUAUGGCGUUUGGACCUGCAAAUCUGGGUGAUGAUGCAAUUCAGAGCUUUGUUGUCAAACACACCUGCAACUCCUGCUGUAAGAAGCUGGGUCUCUCAGAUUUGAGGAGGAGCGGCAGCGAGGGGAAGUCACUUCCUGCCUUUGAUGACACGAGCAGAACAGUUUAACCUUUGACCUGGAUGGAGACUUAGACAUAUCCAUAGAGGGUAUGCAAAGACUGUGGAAAACCGUCUACAGAUUCUCUUGAAAACUGUUCUCUGAGACUGCAUGUGUAGAGAAAAGAGCUGCUUAAAGGGAUAGUUCACCCCCCAAUUUUGUUUUUAAUCAUUUUCUCACACUUUUGUCAUUUUAAACUUGUAUGACUUUCUUUCUUAUGCAGAACACAAAAGAAUAUAUCUUGGUAACCGAACAACGGCGGUAACCAUUGACUUGCAUUGGUUUUGUGUCGAUAUAUUACAAUUAAAUGGGUAGCGCUAUUGUUCAGUUACCAACAAUAUUUUCUUUUGCGUUAUGCAUAUUAAAGAAAGUCAAGCAGGUUAGAAAUAAAAAGAGGGCGAGGAAAUGAUGACAAAAGUUUCAUUUUUGGGGGAACUAUCUCUCUUUUUAAGGGGACAAAACAUGACAUUUGUAUUAAUGUUCUUAUCAGAUGCUUUCUUUGUAAUUAAAGUACCUUGAUCACACUGAUUAAUAACAGGUGAAUGUGCACCAAAAAGGGAAUUUCAUUUAAUUGUGUUAUUUUUUGUUUAUAACAUAUAAAGUAUGUAUAUUUAUAAAUAAAUAACUUCAUUUAUUAUUUCA